UAUUUUCUAUUUUAACGGGGCAAAGCCGAAAAGGUUGAGAAAUACAGCUGAAAGUGAAAACAGACACCUGACCUGAGCUCGCAGCUAUAACAAUUUUUUUGGAUCUACAAUACACAAGCCUCUAGGGUUUCAACUGUACGAAUCUUUCAGCAAUGGCGAUGGCUGCUUUGAGACGCGAAGGGAGGCGAUUCGCUGCCCCCCUGAUCUCCCCCCAACCGAUUACCGCCGCCAUCCGAUCCUCUCUUGUCGCUGAGGAACAGACACCUGUUGGAGUACGUUCUAUUUCAACUCAAGUUGUCAGAAAUCGUAUGAAGAGUGUCAAGAAUAUCCAGAAAAUUACGAAGGCUAUGAAGAUGGUUGCAGCCUCAAAGUUAAGAGCAAUUCAAACUAAAGCGGAAAAUUCUCGUGGCUUAUGGCAACCAUUUACUGCACUUCUUGGCGAUGCUCCUAGUGUGGAUGUGAAGAAGAAUGUAGUUGUCACUAUUUCUUCAGACAAAGGUCUAUGUGGAGGAAUUAACUCUACAUCAGUGAAGAUAAGCAAGGCUAUUCACAAGUUGACUUCUGGUCCUGAGAAAGAAACAAAAUAUGUCAUCUUGGGAGAAAAGGCAAAGGUUCAGUUGAUUCGUGACUCAAAGAAGGACAUUGAACUAUCUAUCACUGAGUUGCAGAAGAAUCCUCUGAAUUAUACCCAGGUCUCUGUUCUGGCAGAUGACAUUUUAAAGAAUGUGGAAUAUGAUGCCUUGAGGAUUGUCUUCAACAAGUUCCAUUCAGUCGUUUCAUUCAUUCCAACCAUGUCAACUGUGUUGUCCCCUGAGGUUGUCGAAAGAGAGGCUGAAUCUGGGGGAAGCCUUGGAGAUCUCGACUCCUACGAGAUUGAAGGUGGUGAAACAAAGGGUGAAAUACUUCAAAAUCUUACAGAGUUCCAGUUUUCUUGUGUCAUGUUCAAUGCUGUAUUGGAGAAUGCUUGCAGUGAGCAAGGAGCACGGAUGUCUGCUAUGGACAGCUCAAGCAGAAAUGCUGGAGAUAUGCUUGACCGCUUGACACUUACUUAUAACAGAACUCGUCAAGCAUCCAUCACCACCGAGUUGAUUGAGAUUAUAUCGGGAGCAUCAGCACUGGAGGGUUAAUUGAAGAAAUAUUGUGGGUAGACUAUGCGACAGUGACGAAAUAAUUAUCUUGGCAAAGGCUUUCUUGAAACUUUGUAGCUACCUCUUUAAGGUCGUUUUGUUGAGCAACUCCAAUAAUUUCCCCAGCAUUGUACUUUUUUUCCCUGGGAAUUGAAAAUCAUAUUUGUGAUGGUCGCCAGUGUUUCCUUGGUUCAUUUGUUUUUCACCCGUGUCUUCAAAUUGAAACUCAAAUGACUGGUUUGCAACUUGAGAAUUCUUGUAAAUUUUUUUUUUGUCUAUUCCAAGUAUGAUUUUCCACAA